GUUCUCGUCAGUGAUGUGUCAGUCGGUUUCAGUCCAGUAAAAUGGGAGGGGCAGCGCGGCAGCGGAAGAGUGGGAACAUGUCCUCUGUGCCUUGUGCCUGGCGUCGUGCCUGGACUGUUCCGUCAGCCGCCUCUGGCGCAGAAGCUCGGGUGAGAACUUGGAAAAGUAAAAACAAAAAAAAAAAAAAAAAAAAAAGGUGGUGUUGUAGGGCGGGAGCAGCCACCGCCGUCCACGGCGUUAACAAGUCGCCACGUCAAAAAGCAGAGCUGAGGGCGAAGGCGGGCUAGAACUUGGGAGCUUACUCUGAUGUGCUUGGAUAUAUUGAUCCCCUCAUAGCCAAGAUUUCUUGAGCAGCAGAAUUUGCGCGUCCAAAACCACACCAUCUCAUCUCAUCGCCCCAAGUGCUGCUGCUACCUCGGCCUGAUUCGCUCGCUUGCCCAGCAUGAAGUUCUCAUUGGUUGCUGUUGCAGUUGCUGCUGCCUUCUCGUCGACGGUGCUGGCUCACUCGAGCUCACCGGCCGACGUGAACAUGCUGGAGAUGCGAGCUGCCAAGGGCAGAGGCAAGCACAACAAGCACGAACACCCCAAGCAUGACUUUCGUCUGGCUUGUGUUUGCGAGCCCGACCGGUGUCCGACGUUUCUGCAGGGCAAGUCGCUGUGCGAGUGCAAGGCAGCCCACCUCGAGGGAUGCUACUUGAAAUCGCAGAGGGGAUGCCCAAAGCCCUCGGCUAAGAAGUGUUGAAUGCAGGAGGAUCGCUUGGCAUGUGAAGCUAGCGGCCUAGGGCUGCAGGGGUCGAGGAGAGAAGUUGAAGGGGGAAAAUAUUUCAACAGAAGAAAUGUAAUUGGUCAAAAAAGAUGGAGAGUGUGUUCCCCGGUGCCGUUUGUGCCGAGGCCAGCCGUGUUCGCAUGUAGCAAUUGACACAAUUAAUCUCUAUUUCUUGGGGGACGCGCAACCAGGAAGGUUCAAUAUAAGCUUCCCCAACACUACCGGGC